UUGGUCUCGGUCUUGUCAUGGACUCGGACAUUGCGGACUCGGCAUUUUAUUUCAAGACCAGUCGAGACCGCAGCUGUCGAAAUAUCACUAAUUUGCCAGAAUAUUCUCAAAUUUAUUUGUUAACAUCCUUGCUUUUAUUGAGUGCAAAACGUACUGAUUCAAAUCCGAGCAAUAAUGUGACUGAUCCUACCGCUGUCACUCCCGCCCCCUUUUCACUUGCACUCCAAGUAAGAUGUGGUUGUCUGGGAGCGGGAGGAGAUGUCUGCCAAAUCGUCAAUUAUAAAAUUCGGCUAUAUAAAUCAUAAAGAAUAUGUUUGUAAAACAACAUCGAGAAAAAAGCAUACUGCGACAUGUAAAUUCUGCCGUGCUUCGCUAUCAGAGACGGUGGGGACAACGUCCAACUUUUAUCGUCACCUAGAAAGGAAGCACAAAGCAAGGUUCUUGGAGUACAAGUCAAGGCAACAGACUGAUGUCACACAGCCAACGAUAUCAUUUACCCAGAAAGUGCAGCUCUACAGCCCACAAUCGCCAAGGCAACAAGCCAUCAGUGAAGCCAUUGUUCAAGAUUUGAUCAUUGGGUGUUGUCUGCCUAUCUCACUUGUGGAAAAUGGACAUUUUAAACACUUUCUUGAGGUCAUGGAUAGUAAAUACAGACCAAUCUCUAGAGGAACAGUUUCUGAGAGGCGAAUACCAGAGUUGGUAAAGAAGGUCAAGGAAACUGUUUUGGAGAAACUGAAGACCCAGUCGUCUGUGUCAUUAACAACUGACCUCUGGUCUGAUCGCAGGCUACGCUCCUUCCUUGGAGUGACUGCCCAUGUGUGCUACAAAUCAAAGGAUUCCUAUGCACUUGAAUCCUACCUGCUGGACUGUAGGCGUUUUACAGGCAGGCAUACUGGAGAGCAUAUUUCAUCUGCCUUUGAGGAGAUCACAGAGGAAUAUGGGAUUCGUCACAAAAUAAGCUAUAUCAUAACAGACAAAGCCAGCAAUAUGAAAUGUGCUUUUAAAGUACACAUGCCCCAACAGCAAUCUGAUGACAGUGAGAGUGAGGAGGAUAAUCUAGAUAACGAGCACUUGUGGGAGGACAUUAAUUUAGCAGAAGACACAGAAUUACCCUGGUCAUCAGGUGAACGUCUUUCCUGCUUUGCACACUCUCUGCAGUUAGUUGUGAAUGAUGGCAUGAAGGAGGUUAGGACCAUUUCCCGCUCCAUAGCCAAAACAUCACGGUUCACAACUCUAUUACAUAGCAGCUCACAAUUCAAAGACAAGUUUGAGGCUAUGUUUGGCACUAAUAGGACUGUUCCAGCUGCAAGCAUGACUCGUUGGAACAGUACAUUUAAACAAGUACAGGCCCUCAUAGCUCUGGACCACAAAGCCCUGAACGAAAUGUGCACUAAGGAUUAUGAGGAUGUGGUGUUUAGCACCCGUGAGUGGAACCAACUGAAGGAACUGAGUGCAGUUCUUGCUCCAUUUUCUGAGGCAACAGACCUGACAGAAGGAGAGAAAUCAGUUACCAUUAGUAUGGUGGUUCCAACUGUCCUGGACUUGAAUACACACCUCCUCAAGAUGGAGGAGACCCGAAUGCAGUGCCGGCCAUUAGUUGCAGCCCUCAAACAGUCUCUGAUGAAAAGAUUUUCUGGAAUCUUUAUAAAAAUAAACAUGGCCAAAGAGAGCGGAAGAGAGCAACCUUUUAACCACAAUGUGUACUUUUUUGCUACCAUGCUGGAUCCGCAGUUUGGCUUAAGCUGGGUGGACUUAGAUGUUACCAAUGGGGGAAAUGCAGCAUCAGUGAAGAAGUUCAGAGAAGAACUUAAGAAGACUCUGACAGACACAUUGAUCUUUGAGGUGGAGAACAUGAUGGACAGUAAAGAUGAAACGGGCUCAGAAGCCAGGAAUGUGGAUCCAGCCAGUGAUUCACCACCAGCUAAAUGUCCUCGCCUUCUGUCCCGCUACAAGGCCCACAAGAAACGCAGCUCAGUGCAGGAUUCAAGUAUUGUAACACAGAUAAGCAAAUACUUUGAUGCCGUCCGUGACUCUGAUCCUGACAAUGCACUUGUCUUCUGGGCCAAAAACCAUGCCAGAUUUCCACAACUCCACAAUUUGGCAUUGAAGGUGCUAUCAGUCCCUGCCUCCUCUGCACCAGUGGAGAGGGUUUUCAGUAGAGGAGGCAUUAUAAUGAGACCCCAUCGUGCACGUUUAGGUCACAGAAUGUUGCAAUCUCUCAUGUUUUUAAAAUGCAACCAAACUUUACUUUAAAGUGAUUUCUACUGAUUUAACUUUAAAGGUGUGCAACUACUACUUUAUUGCAACCACUGUGCAACUAUAUGGUUAUCCUGUCAUGUCCUGGGCCUGUGGCCCAGUGUUUUGUUCCUUUUUGUGAAAUUCUGUUUUGUUGUAUUUUGUAGUUAUGUUGUCUUAGAUUUCCUUUCAGUUUAGAUCCUCAGUUUGUUAUUGUUUGGGUAUUCUGUUAUUAGUUAUUUGUAUAUUAUUCUGGUUCCCCUUUGUUCUGGUCUUUCCAUGUUUGUAUCUGUUUUGUCCCCGUGUCUUGGCUCUUCUCUGUGUUUAGUUCCCUUCCCAUUGUUUUCUUGUGUGUGUGGUGUUUAGGUUCCCUCUCCCAUAGCUUUAGAGUUUAGUUCUCCCUAUGUUUUCCCUUAGUGUCCCAUCCUUGUCUUGUCUCUGUCUUCCCCGUGUUGUCAGCCUGUGUUCAAGUAGGUGUCUCUUUAGUCAUAUGUUUAGAUUCUGUCUGUGUCAGGUUUCCGUGCGUUAAGCCUGCAUGUCUGUCAUGGUUAGUCACUUGCUGUUUUAUUUUCACAGUCUCGUGUUCCUUGUGCUUUGUGUUCAGUUUUGGCUCCCCUGUGUAAUUAUGUUCAGCUGUGCCCCUCACCCAUUGUUACACUCCUCAUUAGCCCUGGUGUAUUUAUUGUCUGAUUUUGUCUUUGUCAGGUCCUUGUCAGUGUAGCCAUCCAUGUUGGCUUGCCUGCUGUGUGUUUUCAAAACACUGUUUUGGUUUCUAGUUUCAAGUUUUUUCAUAUAGCUGGCCCCUAACCAACCUAGUCUUGUUACAUGUGUACAAUAAA